GCGUGUUGAAAGGGGAAAUGAAACGUGAAACUUUAGAACAGUAUUGUGAUAUUCGAUGCGGUAUAUUUGAAUUCCUCUACUCGUCACAAUAGCAGACAAUACCAAGAUUCGAUGAGGUGUUGAAUGGCGUCUAUUCAUCAAUGCAGUCAAUGCGCUCAAGCAUGUGUAUGAAAUAUAUGUAUGGUUGCCAGAUAUAAGGCGUUAUGAUAAAUCGUUCUGAACGAUGAUGGAUCGAGUAUGUUGCCGUCGUGGUAUUGACAAGUUUAUUGAGAGAUAAGCGGUAUGGAGGAUGAACACGAAGUUGAUAUCUCAUUUCCGGACUACGGUUUUUACUCUGUUCAAGAUGAGGUUAGCCGGAGAUACAGCCGCACCGGAAAACACCGGAUACUCGCCCAGAAAUACGACGCUAGUCUUAUGAAGUACAGGUACAGCGAUGAGACCGAAAAGAGCUCCCCUUACGACAAACCCCGAUCUGAUUCAGAGAGCCCAUCCCCUUCGGAUUCGGCUGGCAGUUACCAGGGUGUCUACUCGCCGCAAUUGGCGCAGAGAAAUGAAGAAGUCAGAGACACUUUGUGGAACUCCCCCAGGAAGCCCCGAAGAUCCUUCAUCGAGGAUGAGUCCACGAGUACAUGGAUCUCACCAGGAGUGCAUCCAGGGGUCACUGAUCCUUUCGAGAAGGAUCACCGACACCCUGUUGCCGACCUGAAAACCAGUGAUCAACAAUUUGUCUUUGAAAACGGUUGGCUCGAGGACGACCAUCACAUCCAGGACAAAGCGGGAACUUCAGAUGAAGAGGUCCGAAACGAGUGUACCGACGAAAACCCACGCGUUGAGGAAUCACAUCGGGAACCACCACCGCCAUACUCUGUAGCUGUUCGUUCUUCAAAGGCUCCAAGUUCCUACCGGGAUAUUGUUCCUCGACUCCUGGAAGAUCUCCAGGGGUUACCUGAUACCGGCGAUCUGAUUGAAGAUCCAGAGGGCUCAGACCAGGAUCAGGAGUUGACAUAUCAUAAUAGUGACCUUGCAAAACCUGUGGACAGACCGCAAGUGGACAUCAUCAACCAAGCUGAUGUAUCUGUUUGGGCAGAGCUGGUACACAUUGACGAAUCUGAAGAUGAGAAUCCAGCGCUUCCCCACAGCAGCGGAAUCAUCACGGAGAGCAAGGAAAGACGAACGAGCUCCUCCGAUAGGCACAUCCGGUUUGUCCUUGAGGCGAAACGAGCUACAAGUGAUCCUCAAGAUAUUACGAAAACUGCUGCUGGUAUCAAUUGGAUGGGUUGUGAGGAUGUACAGCAUAACAAUCACUAUGAGUCUGGUGGGGACAGGGCAUAUGAACAACAUCAAGGAGGAACGAUCGGCUUGACUCCACUUGUGGAUGAAGUGUUCAGCUACCCAAGCACCUCUGACAAUGCAGCACCAUCUGGUAAUACCGAAAUCUAUGGACUUGACAACCCUAGCUAUGCCUAUGACGUUGAAGAAUCGUAUAGUAAUAGUACAUCGGUAGAUCACCUGAGACAUACAACUCAGCCAGUCCGCUCGGACAUGGUUCACCGUCAAGCUAUUGACUGGUAUGGGAAGGGACCCGUUUAUGAUAGCUCACAGUCAUCAACGCUUGAUAGCGUAUUCACCGAACGCAGUUGGUCCUCAGAGGUAGGAAGACCGAGGGCGUUUCGUCAGAAGAGACGGGUCUACCCAAAACCUCGAGAUCCAGUCGGGGACCGUGGUGAUGGGUUAAAAUCAAAAUCAGGCAGACGUGCGAAAGACAAGGAUAUUAACCGUUUGCAUCAAAGCAGAUCAUUUAAUACACCAAUGACGGGCAAUCGAGGCAGAGGGCACAGAGCUUCAAAGGUUUCCGAAGAUGACCUUCGCAGGUCUAUUGUCAAACGGGAGCUGGAAUUUUUUAUGCAACGAAAGGCGGGUAAAAAUAGUCAUCCAAAUAGCAAGCGGGUGGGGUCCCGAGAGAAUGCAGAGCCAACUGCUGCAAGUAAACACGAUAAAGGUGUUACUAAACAAACUUCGUUGAAACUUUAUGAUCCACAGCACCGAGGACACAGACAUGACAAAGCAGGAAAUUACCUUCCAACUCAGCAGGCUAAGGCGGAUCCGCGAUGGGUCGGACCUAAUUCAAGAACGUGUUCGGAAGAUGAUAUCCGUAAAGCUGUUCCUCUCAGAAAUUCUGGCAUCGGGGGAAAGAAAGAUCGUCCAUUGACAUACCCGAACGACGUAAACAGACCGUUAUCGCAACUCAUUUCUCGGGAAGAUAACAUUGACAUUCUCAAUGACCUCAAUAGAAUUAACAAAAACAGACAACCUUCACAAAGUCAGCGACAUACUCAGGUGCACAGACAGCCUCUUUCGUCAAAUGAUCGUCACAAUUCCGACAGAGGCGACAUUGUCAGGAGACAGGAUGGAGGACAUCACCCAACUGAACCACGGAAACCACGUGACGGAAAUAUGUCACAACUUCCUCCGAAACCACAACGCCAAAUAUUUCGAGGCGAUUCACAAGCAGCUGGUCAUAUUCAUCCAGUGGGAAACCCUCAAUCAAAGCCAUAUCCAACUCGUGAAAGACAUUUACCCCCGAGUGGCCGAACAAGGGAUGGCAGUGAAAGAACUUCGGGAAUGUCCGCAACUUCGCAACCUUCAGCAAGAUCCGUGUAUCCAGAGCCCGUACCUGACAAGAAACCGGCCAAUGAACCCCGGACUGACAUCGAGAGAGCUAACCCGGCCAGUGAGGCUGUUCCAGAAGUAUCACGUCCAGAAGCAAGCCGGCCAGAUAGUAACAACAACAACCAACCAGGCCAGAAGUCCGAUUCGAGUUUUUCAAAUUAUCGUUUCCUCUCCGUGAUGGCCGCGUUGUGGUUCUUCCCAAUAGGGAUCUGGGCGCUCAGGAAAUCCCAUCAGGUUGACUCCCGUGUGAAGGCCAAAGAUUUACCUGGUGCGAGAAGAGCAUCCAAAUCAGCGAGGAACCAUGCCAUUGCAGCCUUCGUCGUCUUGGGUUUCAUCAUGCUCAUCCUGAUUGCCCGGUUGAUAGAAAUUGCCAUUGACCCUCGAAAAACAUUCAUUCAAUAUUACAAAAUAGUACCUGAUGAAGUUGACAGCAUAUGAUACUGAAUGACAUCUUGCUCUGAGGGCUAAAAGAGAUAGCCCUACGGAAGAAUACAUGUAUUACCCAUCGAUUAAAAAAAAUGAAAAUGGAUAGAGCAACUUCGCACUCUUUUGAGGCCACCGGAAACACUUGAAAGUACUCCAAAAGGUCAAGCGCGCACAAAGUUCCACACUUGGUAUGGCCCCAUAUGUUAAUUGUGUCAUGGGAUAUUUUACCUGUAGCUUCAAGGUUUUGUGUGCGGCAGCGUGCAACGAGCUAUAUCCAUUUUCUUUACAUCGAUGGUAUUUUCAAAUUGACACAUAAUAUCAAAACAUGCUCACGUACCUCACUCGAAAAUUGCAGAGAUCAUUUACCAUCGGGAAAUGUUCACUGGGUAUACAUAUAAUGAGAGGUUCGAGUUAUUAGUGACGCCAAAGUAAAGCUCACUCACGUGACUUAUUUUAACUCACCUGAUUGGAUAGUGCGGUAAAUUGAAUGAAAGCCUGGUAACAAUUGAAUUGAAUUGAACCUCGCCAGGACUUCACAAUAAAACAUGACUGUCAUGUUGUAUACAAAGAAUUUCUUUCGAAUAAUGCUGAGUCUGCUGUCUCCUAAACUGUCGAAACUAAUGUAAAAUGCUCUAUAGGUGGAUGUCUCGUAAAGCUGUCUAAACAAUUACACAUGACCGUGUCUGGCUUGGCAAGACUGGAACAUGUUCUUAGGUAGAAAGUCAACUACAUAGGGAUAUAUCACACAGUAAUUAAGAAAGCGUCAUCAGUCGUUCGUGAAGUAAUUUUUAACUUACGAACAGCUUUAUGAAACACCAGGAUUGAUGAUGGCCCUGGCAGAUUGAUGUCAUUGAUUUAGUUUGUUCUUUGAUCUUCAUCAUGUUUAUGAUCAUAAGCUCCGAAAUAAAAUGCAACUCAGAAAUCAUCUAUUAAU